UGGAUUGUGGAUCCAUCUCGCGCGUCAUGUAUGAGCCAGCAGCGCUUGACAGCCAUCAGAAGGGCUGGGAGAUGGUAACAGAGAAGCGGGACGGCAUCGUGAUCACAGUGUUUCAUACAUGCGAACAGAUCGUCGAGGUCCAGAAGUUCACACACCUGGUCCUCAACGAAUUCCUGACCAACUACAAGAAGGACUCCAGCAGCCCAUCAGGUCUGACGUGCUGCCUUGUUGUGCUUGCUGAGCUGGGCGCUCGCAGAGAGUCAGUGCCGGACCCUCGGGCAAAGCAUGACGUGCGAGAGGAGGAAGGAUACAUGAUGCGAAGGAGGGUGACUGAGUUCUACACUGUACUCACAGCCACUUGCUACAACUGA